AUAAAUAAAGACAGAGUCGAGUAUCUUGGUACUGUAUAUAGAAUAUAUUUAGUUACAGAGUGUCUAAAACAAACGAUUGGUUCGAGUAAUUAGUAAAAUAAACACUGACAAAUAUUUCUAAUAGUGUUUUUUGUGUAUUAAUAAUCGAUAACAAUAAUCGUACUUUCUAUGUUAUUUACAACAGGAAGUAGUUCCUAAACAUAGGGAAUAAUGGCGUUUAACAGAAAUGACAGUUUUAGAGUUGUUUUCCAGCAGCUGUUUGCCUUCUGCGUUAUAUCAUUGAUAUUAUCAACACAGAAAGCACACGCCAAGAAUUCAAACGACACCCGGUGCAAAUGCAUUUGCCCACCGUAUAAAGAACUUGCUGGGCAAAUUUUCAACAAAAAUGUGUCACAGAAAGACUGUGAUUGUUUACAUGUGGUAAGGCUUUGGCCUGUGGCUGGAAGUGAUGUGGAGGCUUACUGUCUACGCUGUGAAUGCAAAUAUGAAGAAAGAAGCUCAGUUACUAUUAAAGUAACAAUCAUCAUAUACCUGUCAAUCCUUGCCGUGCUUCUGCUGUACAUGGUGUACCUGACACUUCUUGAACCAGUGCUGAAGAGACGCCUCUUUGGACAGUCACAGCUGUUACAGAAUGAUGAUGAUGUGGGGGACCAUCAGCCAUUUGCCAAUGCGCAUGCUGUGCUGUCCCAGUCCCGUUCUCGAGCCAAUGUGCUGAACAAAGUGGAGUAUGCCCAGCAGCGCUGGAAGAGGCAGGUCCAAGAGCAGCGCAAGUCUGUCUUUGAUCGGCAUGCUGUUCUGAGCUAAAUCUACAUCCUUGAUCAAACGUCUAACUGCAAGAAGAGGUUUAUACUGGAGUAGCAAAGUCCCUGGGACACAAGUCUUCCAAACAGCCCACCUCCAGACAUGCUUUCUUUCUAUCCAUUUACUCGACUUGGAUUUGCUCAAGCCAUUGCAUCUUUACUUCCUAUUCAGCAGUGGUUGAUUGUAAUCUUAACAUGGUCUUUUUUUGGUUACCUAAUUCUUGAUUAAAGGGUCUCAACUAGUUUAAUUUAAAUGCUCAAUACAUUGCUGAAGUGCUUGUACAGUAUUCAUUGCAGCAUUUUUAAGGAAGUUAUUAACCAAUUUUGCAUGUUAUUAAAGGUUAAUAGUGUAGUAACAAUCUAUAAUGUACUGUCCACAAUUUUGCCAACUGUUUUUAUUUUGAUGGCUAUGCUGUCCAAAUCUUGUCAAGGAUGCAUUUGAGUAUCUUAAAGAACUAGAGAUCAAAUCAAUUUGCUUGUAAUGCUAAAGACAUUAAAUACCCACUCAAGAAAAAUGGUUAUCAAUGCAUCUGAAAACAGUGCACACUAGAUUAGGUGAAAGAGAUACUAGACCUUAAAUUCAAAUAGAAAUUGUGUGUGUAAAUAAAUAUUUUAUAUAAUCAGGUUAAAAAAAAAAGUGAGUGUGUAUAGACGCUUGCUAAUUGUUUGCUUAUUUAAAAUGAAAUUAUACCCAGAUUUAUGACAUAUUUCAAGAUUUGUGCAGCAGCAACUGAAUUUUGACAAGUUGCUUUUUUAUUUUAUUUUUUUUAAACCUUUUUAACUAUUACAUAUUACACAAAAAUGUGGUGUCUAUGUUGUGGACACAUUUUUAAUCCACAAUGAAUUAAAGGUUU